GCUGGGCCAGCACAGUUCCCCAGUUCCCUGGCCUGGGGCGUUGCAGCAGUGCCAGGGCGGCUGCUGGGUGCGCCCUCAACCAACCUCGAAUAAAAAAUGCAGAAAAGACUGUGGCUGGUGUCCGUUCAAAGCCAACAUGUUUUUUCCUUUGCUUUUUAACUGAAGAAAAGACAGCGCACUGGCGUUUUCUGGCCGUGUGCUGUGUGAGCGUGAGGAUGCGGGCUGGUGCCCCUCCCCUCUGCCUCCUGCCCCAGCGAUGCCCCAGGGCCACAGGCCCACGGGGACAGAGGCCACCUGAGGAGCCACAUCUGUGCCCAUGCCUGCCUGCCAGCACCAGCAUUCGCUCACAUCCCACUCAUGAAAAUUAGAAGAAAAAGACAAUCAUUUUUUUUCCAGGAUAAGAAAGGCUCCCGGAAAGCUGAAUUGGAUGGAGGUGCUUUUGUCAGAACAGGCAGAGAAUCGGCUCAGUGCCGGGCACAGCUCGCCUGCCCUGGGUGCUGCUCUGAAACUCUGAAAGGGGCUUUCACAGGGAAGAUGGCACUCUGAGCCCGCUGCCCUUAGCUGAGGGCUUCCCACAGGACGCACAGCCCGGGCAGGGCAGGUAAAGUUCCUCCCGGGACCAGCAUGUGUAGGUAAAGGACCCUAGAUGGGCCCGGCGACCUUGGCUCUCAGUCCCCUUGUGAAAGUCAUGUAGUUUCCUUGUUUUAAGAUACGUCAAUGUUAGAUGACCAAAAUAUGCACCGUGGUAAGACCCAACCAGUACAGUCGAGGGCUUGGAGGCGGCCAAGGGAGACCCUCAAAGCUGCGUGGUCUGGCGUUCCUCCUGGGGUCCUGUGGGCUGUCGGCACGGUGGCCGGCCCUGGUGGCGGGUAGGGCUGUGGGGUUGGGGUGGAAUGUCCUUCCUUAUUCCCCUUGCUACUUGAAGGGAAUGCCACAUGAAGGGUAUAGCCCUGGCAGGAUGUAAGGAUGUCAACAAAGCCACCUGUGACAUCAGCAGUCACCUCCUAGGUGGGCUUGGAGCGGCCAGCGGCCAGUCCUGGGCUCCAGAGAGAUGCACCCCAGGCCUCGGGAACGGACACCCUGUGGUGCCUUUGCAGGGACCUGGUCACCGUGCACAAAACACCAUAAGAAAACAGCAAGGAGUGGGGUCGUCAGAGAAACUACAAGCAAGGGUGAAUUCCCUAGGCUUUGCCUGGACCAGGAGGAGGAUGAAGGCCCGGGCUCCCCCGCCUCCUGGAAAGCCCGCCACUCCAAACGGAGACAGUGAGCAGAAGCCUCCCCGAGAGGAGGCCCUCACCCUGCCGCGGAACCUGAGCCACACGAAGGAAGCGCUGAGGGACGGCGCCGUGGCCGUCACCGUGGUCCUGCCCAGUGGGCUGGAGAAGAGGAGCGUGCUCAACGGGAGCCAUGCAAUGAUGGACCUACUUGUUGAUCUUUGCCUUCAAAAUCACCUGAAUCCAUCUCACCAUGCCCUUGAGAUCCGGUCUUCGGAAACCCAACAGCCUUUGAGUUUUAAGCCAAAUACUUUGGUUGGGACACUGAAUGUGCACACUGUGUUUCUGAAAGAAAAAGUUCCUGAAGAGAAGGUUAAGCCUGGCCCACCUAAGAUGCCUGAGAAAUCUGUGCGUUUGGUAGUGAAUUACCUGCGGACACAAAAAGCUGUCGUGCGUGUGAGCCCUGAUGUGCCUCUCCAGAAUAUUCUCCCAGUCAUUUGUGCAAAGUGUGAGGUCAGCCCAGAGCACGUGGUUCUCCUGAGGGACAACAUUGCCGGGGAGGAGCUGGAGCUGUCCAAGUCGCUGAGCGAGCUCGGGGUAAAGGAACUCUACGCCUGGGACAACAGGAGAGUUCUUCUGACCAAAACUCAGUCCGAGCCUUCCCUGAGCUGUCAAGAAACCUUCAGAAAAUCAUCACUUAGCAAUGAUGAGACAGAUAAGGAGAAGAAAAAAUUUCUGGGAUUUUUCAAAGUGAAUAAAGGAAGCACUAGCAAGGCUGAGCAGCUGGGGCUGGCGGGCGCAGACAGCGACGAGGACCCUUCAGGGGCGGUGACAGGAAGGGCUUUGAACGGCUGUCUAACAACACCCAACUCGCCGUCCCUGCACUCCCGUUCCGUUACAUUGGGUCCAUCCCUGUCGCUGGGCAGCAUCUCAGGGGUGUCUGUGAAGUCGGAGAUGAAGAAACGCCGAGCCCCUCCUCCUCCGAGCCCAGGGCCACCUGUGCAAGGCAAGGCAUCGGAAAAGGUAUCUCUGGGGUCACAGGUCGAUUUACAGAAGAAGAAGCGGCGGGCGCCAGCUCCCCCUCCGCCACAGCCACCUCCGCCGAGUCCCCUGGUCCCCACCCGCACGCAGGACAAGGAGGAGAACAGGAAGAGCACAGUGGGUGGUGGACGGCAGGUGCCGCAGAAGCCCCCGCGAGGCGCCGCCCGCGGCCCGCCCCAGCUGGUGCUGCCCCCGCCCCCGCCCUACCCUCCGCCCGACGCAGACCCAGGCCAGGCGGAGCCUCUCGGCUCUCCCGGGGAAGGCGCUGCUUCCAGGGCCUCAGACCCGAGACCCAGACUGAGCCUGCCCCUGCGGCCCGGCAGCCCCUGCAGCCCGGACGGAGCCCCGCAGGUACUGUCCGAGGCCGAGGAGACAGUGUCUGUCGGAAGCUGUCUCACGUCAGAAGACACAACCGAGGACUCGGGGGUGAUGAGCUCCCCCUCCGACAUCGUCUCUCUGGAUUCACAGCAUGACAGCGUGAAGUCCAAGGACAAGUGGGCCACCGACCAAGAGGACUGCAGUGACCAGGACCUCGCUGGAACCCCAGAACUGGGUCCCCAAAAGAGCCCCUCCUGGGAGAGGAAUGGCUGCAGGAACUCGCAUGUGAGAACUGAAAAGACUGCUAGAACCUCAAAAGCUGAUGAAGACCUGUUCAUUACUGGACAGUUCCAUGAAACCCUGGCAGGACUGGACGAAGACCUAGAAGACGUGGAAGAGAGCUACGGCACGGACUCCAGCUCUGUCAGCAGCUCCGCACCUGGCACAUCCCGCCGCUGCACUCCAGAUUCCGCCAUCCCCAAAAGCGACGUGGACGCCAUCCCAGUGACGUUCAUCGGGGAAGUUUCAGAUGAUCCUGUGGAUCCGGCGUCGUUUUCCAACAGAAACAACAAUGCCGGGUCUUUUGGCUCGGAGGACGUUGCUGGCAGGACAGCCUUCCCGGCGCCACUUCAGGCUGAGCUCGGCCAGCGCCCCACGACGAGGGGGGAAGCACCUGCCCGGCACGCCCCUGCCCGCGGCGUCAGGAGCGGGGUCCUGGCGGCCUCAUCCAGCACCCAUGAAGUCGGGGAUUCAGUUGCAGCGGCGCCCAGGGUGACUUCUUGUGCUUCAAAUCUUCAUGCAGAUGGCCCGCACGCCAAGGAGAAAGACGAGACACGCGGCUGUGCGCACGGGGAGAAGGCGCGGGCCGGGGAGAAGGCCAACGAGAAGGAAGGCAGGGACGGGGACGCAGUCGCGGCGCCACCAUGGCAUCAGCGAGGCCAGAACCCAGGGGGCAGUUACGGCCUUAGGCACGGCCUCACAACGUACAAAAUUGUCCCCCCAAAGUCAGAGAUGAGGUGCUACGACAGGAACGUGUCCCUCUCCACGGGCGCCAUCAAGAUCGACGAGCUGGGGAACCUGGUGAGCCCCCACGCCAGCGGCAGCAGGGCCGGAGCCCUGGCACCGUCCCUUCCGGAAGCAGAAGCUCAGCCCGUGGGGAAAGUCGAAGCGUUCUGGAGACGCAGCGCUGUGGAGAGACACCCAGCCAGCAGGGCCGCCGCCGAGCCGGCCGGGGCGCAGCGCCCGGAGAGCGGGCUCCGAGCAGAGCCCAGCCCGGCGUCGCCCCCGCCUCAGCCCGCCCACCCACAGGACGGGAGUCUCCUGGGAGGGGGGAGAAGCCAGCCGCCUGCGGGAGUCACUUGUCGCGUGAGAGCGCCGGCAGCACGUGCCACAGAAGCCUCAUUUCUCAAGCCUCACAGAAGGACGUCCAGCCAGUACGUGGCCUCCGCCAUCGCCAAGAGGAUAGGCCCCCCGAGAGCCCCCGGCGGCGCGGCGGGGCAGCACGGCCCUGCUGGGAAGGCCCCAACGCCAGCGCCGCCCGGACAGCCUCUCCCUGUGGAAGACGGCGCGGCCCCCAGCCUGUGCUCAGGGACACAGGGACGCACGGACGGUGCGCAGCCGCCCUGCGUCACCCUCCCCGGCAGCCAUGGGGAAGACUCGGCAGUGGGGGCCCGGCCUAGAGGGGAAGUCAGCGGCUCGUGUGGAAAGCUGUCUGCUCAGGACUGUCCUGCUGGUGUCCACAAAAGCUCCAGUUUCCCACCAGUCCAGUCUUCCCCGAGGGAUCACGUUUCUGUGGGACAAAGCUGUGGUUUCCGUGGAAAGCAGCACAGCACACGGAACCAGGGGCCCAGCUCGGCAUCUGCCCCCAGCUGCACCCUGGACAGGACAGGCCCGCCCCCUCCGCACUUAGCAGAUGCCCGGAGCCCUGCCGCGGCGCUGGUGAACGGCUCCGCGUGGGCCCCGGCCGGCGGCAAGCCUCCGCACGCUCCGGGAGGGUCCGGCUCGAGCGGCCGAGUUAUCUUGGAGACAGGGGAAAAGCCCAGUGUGUCCUCUACAGACGAACAUGAAACAGAUAGCACUUUGCCAUCCAGCAUUUUUGGGCCAAAGAAAAAAUUCAGACCUGUUGUCCAGAGGCCAGUCCCAAAGGACACGUCCCUGCAUAGCGCCCUGAUGGAAGCCAUCCACUCCGCGGGAGGGAAGGACAAGCUCCGCAAGACUGCAGACCACGCCUUGGAGGGAGGGCCGAAAAGACCGCCCUGCACAGAGGCCGAGAGUGAGCGGUCCGCACUGCUCGCGGGCAUCCGCGGCCACGGCGGGGCCGGCAGCCUGAAGAAGGUGUCAUCCUUCGCCUCUGAGGAGCUCCGGAGUAUCCGAGAUGCCAUGCCGUCUGCACGGGGCUCGGAAGGUCCUCAGCAGCAAGACCUUGGCCUUCCGCCCCCACCGGCCGUGCCGCCCCCACCCCCUCCGGCCUCCCAGGCUCUCUCCACAUCAAGGACGGCUUCCAGGCUCAGCUCGGGCACCCUCGGCGACCCGGCGGACGCCAGGCAAGCCUUGAUGGAUGCCAUCCGCUCUGGCACGGGGGCCGCGAGAUUGAGAAAGCUCUGAAGGAGAGCAUUUGCAGCUCUGCUGUGUGGCUGCCACUCCUUGGGUGAAUACCCCUCUCUCUGAAGGCAGUGUUCAGAUUCUCACCUUCUCGAGUCUUUCUUCCUCUUGGUCCUGCAGUCACACUAAAGGUAGAACUGUGCACCGACGGCCGUUCUUGGUCUGUUUUAAAUGCAUCAUUUGAGAGGGCCUGGACUGUGCUCCGACCGAGCACCCUUUCCUCCCUCCGUGUCUGCAUGGAAGACGCUCCCGUCUCCAGGCACUUCCAGGGAACCUGCCCGGACCAGGUGUUGCAGGAGCUGCUCACGACAGAAGGAAGAACGGAGCCCUCUCUGUGCCCUCAGGCCUCUCGGCCAGAGACAGAGGGAGAGGACAGAGUUUGCCAUUGGCCUCAGGAAUUUUCCGGGAGAAGUUAGGGCCGUGGUAAUCCCCGAGACCUCCUCCCUCUCUCUGUGAGCUCGCUCUGUCCCAGGAGGGCACGGGCGCAGGCGUCUGCUCCAGCAGCAUCCUGGGAGGAAAGGCCGAGCUCCCACUCGGAGGGCAAGUGGGACACAGACGUUGUGCGUGCCUUGUCCCACCCUUGCCAGGCACUGCCACUGCCCCCAGCCACACCAUCAAGCCGAGUUCCAGCCUCAGCUGGGCCCUUCCAGGUGUUAACUGCGCCGACAGCAGGCAUCGUGGCACUUGGCAGUGGGAAAGGUUAGACACGUGGUAGUAUCCGGAUGCCCCGAGCCAGGAAAAGAAGCGACACAACAGAGCUCCUUCCUCCUAGUCCCACCUGUGGACUAGAGGACGUGAAGAUGAGUCACAGGUCCCGUGGCGUCAGCCGGGUUCCAGUUGCUCAGGGGCAGGCCUUUGGUGUGCUCUGAGUAAACUGGCAUAGUCUCAAGGCACAGGGUCCGUCUGCCUUUCCGCACUCUCCGCAUGUGACUGUCUGCCCCCUACAGCUCUCCCAAGCUGCCUGUCUUUUCUGCAGUUGGGACAGGGAAGCCUGGUAUGAGAGGCUACCUGCUGCUGUGGCCACUCCAGGGCCUUCACAGAUGCUCUGCCCACAUUUGACCUGCUCAUUCCCACUGUCCUUUGUGUUCAUGGAUCAGCCUCAUGUCCUCAGAAAGCCUCCUGCAGCCCCCAGACUGGACCAGGCCCCUUUUGCAGCAUCACAUAAUCUUCCCUUCGUCGUGCAAACCGCAGCUGUGAUUUCUCCAGCGGUCGGGGCAGUCUUGCUCAGUGCCUGCUUCCCCUCCCCACCUCGAGGUUGUGAGUCUUGCCUGUCACGUCACCGGCACCUUACAUAGUUCCUGGCACAGAGGGAGCACUCAGCGACUGUUUAUUGGAAGAAGAGAGAUGGGGGAGAGGGAGUGAGGGCGCCUGCAACCCCUGCUUUGCGAGCCGCGUUUCCCAGCCCUCCUAGCACACCACGGUGCCCCGUGUCCACGUGCACAUACCGCUUCUACUUCACAAUCAUUAUAAAAUCUUGCCAAGAAUCCACUUCAAGUGGGAAAAACCCACCCUCUUUUCCUUUUGGAAAAUAAGAUGGAUUCUGUACCUCUCCAGGCUUCCCACAGCCCGGGCCCGUUCUGCAGAACCGGCCCCUGUGAGUUCGUCCACACCUGCGAUCGAGUCCGUCCAGGCUGGAAGACAGGAACUUAAAUAGAGAAUCCUGAUGCUUUCACACAAUUUCUUUACUUCUCCCAAACACCAUUUCCCUAUCAUCACUGCACAUUUUACCUUUAUCCAUAUAAAGAUUAUUUUUCUUGGCAGGCAAGGAAGCAAAAUAAAACUUGAACAUUUUUACGGCUUUCUGUGUUGGCUUUAAACCACAAGACUUGUUGCUUCUUUGCUUUUUCUUUUUGUCCAACCAAAAUAAAAAGAGGAUCUUUUAGGCAGCCUCGAACCUUUGGGAUGCCAGGGAGCCUCCGAGUGCUGCACCUCCGAGCAGCGUCCUGCAGCGCGUCCUCCAUGGGCAGGUGCCCAUCCUCCCUCCUUCUUGUAAAACCUGUUGGGUCACGGCUGUCCUGGUCCCUGGUCACGGAGGCAGGCACUUGCAGCAGACUGUCCCUUUCCUCAUUCUGGGUGUCUGCAUUCCCAGCGUGGUGUCAGCGGGGCCUGCCAUCACUGGUCGUCAGGAUCGGUCUGUGCUGCAGUGGCAGCAUCACCAAGCUCCUUUUGUUGAGUCAUUGCCUGACCAGAUCUUUUCAAUGCUAUCCUUUUGCAAUUUCCUUUUUAUACCCAAUUUCUAGAGUGUUCCUUUCCCCUCUUUCUUUAUUUGCUGGGACCUUUUGAAACCUGGAUUCAGCUGUCCUGUUGGUGUUAGUGGUGGUGCGCACACCUCUCGGGUGUUCAGCACAGGCACUGACCCGAUAUUCAGCAUGGGGGUCACAAAUGACCCCCAUUUGUGACCCCCUCAUGGGUGACACAAAUCCCCAGUUUCUGGGCUAGUCCUCAGCAGGGUCACUGCCGUGAGGGCAGAGAUUGCUUGGCCCCUCCCUUGUUCGCCAUCUAGCCUGUAACCUCCCCACCAACCCACACUCCCACGUACCCUAAGUGCCCUGGGAGGUGUGCCCCAGCCGUGCAUAGCAGCCUCCGUGAGCCAGAGAUGACUGAGCAGUCGACUGCCCCGCCCCCACACCUUCAUCAUAGCCCAAACCUUUGUCCCCAAGCCUUUGUCACAGCCCCAAACAUUCAUUAAGCCCAGCCACUGGCUGAGCCCAGUGAAAGCACAUGGGAUGUGAGGAGGUUCACUGUAAGCCACCCCCUCCCUGCUGAGCCUGCACACAGGUGUCCUUAGCUGCCCCCUUGGAAACAGCAGUGUGGACACUGUUGUGCCCAUUUCACAGAGAAGUAAGUAGGGGGAAGGGGGAAGCAGCUCUCCACGAUCCACCCAGCAAAGAGGCAGAUCCAUAUGCCAAAGCGUGUGCUCUUAGCUGUUCUGCACGUUCUUCUUUGAAAUCCAGGGAGAUUUGUGGUUCCUUUCAUCAGCAAUCCAGAGCCAGUGGAAGGGCUUGCUAGGAAGCCCAGCUGGCCUCACAGCCAUCUCUCGCUCUUACUUGGAUGAAUUCAGUUUAACAACAAAACCCAUUUUGUCAUGAUUGUUUUAUGAAGGACGUUUCCCCCAUCAUUUUGUUAUGAAAAACUUCAAAGAUACGGAAAAGUUGAUAUGGAAAAGGGUAAGCACCGAGAGCGUGUAACAGCAUCUGCUCCAUGGGCUCGACCUCGCGUCCGGCCGGCCGCCCACCCUUCUGCCCACCGCCACGCAGCUUUAUUACUUAUGUUGGGCCGUAGAAAUGUACAGCCCGUUUGGGAGAGAGACGACCGCCCAAAAAGACUCAGAGUCUAGAGGCUUGAUGUAAGAGAGCAAGAGGAUUUAUUUCUAGCGCAGCGCAGGGGCUAGCAGCAUCACCGAGCUAGGGGAGCUGCCGCCCCGACUCUCAAGCUUAGGGGUUUUUUAUAGGCUAAAACCGCACGCCGGUGGUUAGGGAGUUUAGGGUGGGGAAAUUCCACUGGUCUUGUCUUGCACAACUGGUUGCACUCAGUUCCGGGAACUUGCAACAGCUACUUACUGGAAGGGCGGAAGGGGUGUGGGGUCUUGGUUUUCUAAAAGCAAGCGUGGUUACAGAAGCGGAGAGCUGGUUAGGCUAGUUUGGGGUCUUACACUUACACAUUUGAAGUGCAUCGCAGACAUUGCACACUUCACUCCUAAACGACUUAGUGUGCAUAUUACUAGAGCUUAAUAUUUUUAUAGUUGUUUUUGAGGUAAAUUUAUAUACAGUCAAAUUGACAUAUCCCAGGGAUACCAUUUGAUGAGUUCAGAACCCAUUUUAAUAAGCCUCGCCCCCAAUGAGCUUGAGUUUGCUCUUGGACAAGUAUUAGGGGAAAAUAAAACUGAAACAGAAAAAGUUAUAUAGAAUUUCCAAUCCUCAGGAUGUAGGGUGUAUGUACAUACACAUACAUGCACACACACACGUGUGUUGGGGUGAUCUGUGGCUGCCUGCACUAUCUGGCACAGCCGCAGGGGAUGGUAGGAGAAGGGAGAGUCUGGGGAGAGCCAGAGUUAGGACACACUCUGUUGGCCCAGAGCAGUGAAUGUGCACCAGUCCAUGCUGUGAUGGUGCAAAAGGAAAAGAAGGAAUAAAACAAAGCUUCAUAAAUAUGUUCAGUUUUCACUUGCUUAAAAAGAAUCCCUGGGAACUUCUGCUUCUGGCCAAAAUAGAGUUUAGGGGUCUGGACUUGCCCUUCCACCUGCAACAACCAAAAAUUCAGACAAAACAUAAGAAACGAUGGUUUUUAAGUUACUAGAUAUCAGGUAACCAGAAGCAGCGAUCCCUUAGAGAGUAAAAUAGGGUGAGCCGGGAGCAUUGCUGGCUGCGGUGCAGGCAGAGGGAACCCAGAGCCCAGCAGCCCUCCUGGGCUGAGGAACAGAGCGGAGAGUCUGGGGGACCAACACAGCUGAAGUCUGCAGAGCAGACGUUGGAGCUCAGGGACAGGAUUCUGGAGAGUCCCCUGGAGUAUUCAGUGGAGUCCUGACCAGCACGUGGCAGGCAGGCUGGGGACGGAACCACCCAGUAGGGUUAGGUGGAGCAGCAGCUAGGUCUCACUCGGGCCAAGAGCAGUGCCUGGAAGACAUCCAGCCAGACUGGAAGACAUCCUACCUUCUGGGCACUGGGUAGAGCGCUCAGACAGCUCUUGCCUUAGCAGUGGGCAACAGGUAGACUUAAAACAGGUUAACAGGUUAACCUGUAAACAGGUUAACAUAAGGCUCUCAUGCUGCCCAACACAUCUUAAAAGCAGUACCUGAAAGGAUCAGAGUGCUUCCACAUAACUGUAUUCCAGGACAAAGCUCGAGAAUAUUCACAGGAAUACAGAAAUAUCCAGCACACAACAAAGUAAAAUUGACAGUAUCUGACAUCCAAUCAAAUUAUCAGGAAGCAAAGAGGGACGGCAUUAUAGGUUAAAGCUAGAUCAAUCAAAACUGCCCCACAAUGGACAGAGAUGUUAAAAUUGGCAGCUGAGGACAUCAGAACAGUUAAUAUAAUAAUAUUUAAGGGAUCCAAAUAAUACAAAGUAUAUUCUAUGACCACAAUGAGAUCAAAUUAGAAUCAGUAACAAAACGAUCUCUGGAAAAAUCCCCAAAUAUUGGAAAGUGAAAUGACACAGUUCAAAAUAACUCAUGGGUCAAAGAAAAAAAUCAGAGGGAAAUUAGAAAAUUUUUUGAACUGAAUAUAUAUUUUAAUACAACAUAAAAUGUGUUUGAUACCACCAAAUCAAUUCCUAGGGGAAGACUUUGUAGAACCACAUAGAAAAGAAGAAAGGUCUCAAAUGAAUUUUCUCACUUCUACCUUAAAAACUAAAAAAAGAAGAGCAAAAAUAAAA